UGGCAGACUAGCUAGGCGCCGAUGACUACUCAGUUUCUCAAAAUUUCUGCCACGUAGUAGUGCUGCUAACCGUCGAUGAAAUUGCAACAGAAAAGAGAGUGCACCGCGGGUCAGACGAGGGGAUAUAUAUAGACUGAGCGAUAGAAGAGAUGCUCGACCAGUGGCCAUUUCCGAUCUUGAUACGGCCAGUGGCAAUUUUAUCACAUCAUGACGUCGUUCCUCAACUUUCCUCUUUGGGAAAAACACUCAAAAAUUCAAGGUGUAUCGUCGAAUAAAACCGUGCGCCACCGAGUAGCAACACCUCUUGGCGCUACCACCAUUCAAAAAAGAUAACAGUCAGUUGGCACAAGCAACGUCGUAUAAAGUCGAUCAUACAUCUAUGGCUGAGACAGCACCACCUACAAAUGGAACCAAGCAUAUCGACAACGGUGAUAGCGCAAUUGUCCAAGCAAAUGGUUCUCCCGCUACCUACAGCGCACCAUCCCGCGUCACUCUUCAUCUCGGACACUUGCCAAGCAAGAAAGAUAUAAAGGCUCCAUGGCCACGUACACCCUCACGGAUCGAUCCUAACAACCCGCCAUGGCCGGCGUAUCGGGGCUACCACGAGUACUCGUUUGCACAUGCAACCAUGGGCGUCCGUUUACCAACCAUCCUUGGUAAAGCUAUAGAUGACACCUCGCGAACUCUAAAUGAGCAGUAUGCCGAAGAUAAGAUUGUUGAUCUUGUAGAAUGUUUGGAGAGAAUGGACAACCUCAUGGCCGAUCUCAGUGGAAAUGCUAAGCUUAGACCAAUUAUUGAUGACGGUGAAGGUGAUGUGGCACUGUGGAAUAAAGAAAUUGCAAAGUAUUUCCAAGGCAAGGACUUCAUGAAUGCACCUUGGCUGUUCGCAGAGGCCUAUAAGUACCGUCGUCUGCAUGAGUGCUUCAGUGUCAGCAAAUACUGGAAAGACUAUGAUGUUUUCUACCGUCAAAAGUGUGACACUUUUUCAAGAUCGACAGAUGCUGUCUUUGAGCUGUCUAUGCGCUUUGCUGAGCCCUUUAAACAGUCAGAGAACAUGUCAGACAAAGAGAAAGCAGAAAACGAGAGACUCAUGUUUUUGGAGUUGACUCAAGUGUGUCUGUGGGGCAAUUCGACUGACCUUUCACUCUUGAUCAACAUGACGGAAGAACAGAUCAAAUCUCUCCAGUCAACUGGAGGAGACCACCUUGCUGCCACUGAAAAGAAUAUUCUGGGCAACCAUCUGAACCAGCUUUGGGAGACUGUUAAGGUCCUCCGCGAAAAGACUGGUGGACGAAUUGACUUCGUGUUGGAUAACGCAGGAUUUGAAUUGUAUUGCGAUUUUGUGUACGCCGAUUUCCUCAUACAGACUGGUCUGGCUAAGCAGAUUCGGUUCCAUGGCAAGCGUUAUCCAUGGUUCGUGUCUGAUGUGACGCGGAAAGACUGGGACUGGUUACUAAACACCAUGGUAUAUGGGCAUUUAUUCCCGAAAGCCUCUGAAGCUGAGCGAGAGUCACUACGGAGACUCGGGGCCCGAUGGAAGCAAUACGAGAAAGACGGUAGAUGGCAAUAUGAGCAGCAUCCUUUCUGGUGCACUGGAUAUACGUUCUGGGACCUUCACAGCGAGGCACCAGACCUCUUCCUCCACCUGUCUCGCUCAGAUCUCGUCUACUUCAAAGGCGAUCUGAACCACAGGAAGUUGACAUAUGAUUGUGCUGCACCAGCCAGCGUCCCAUUCGAUAUAUCCAUUGGACCGAUGGCCAGCGCUGCUGGAGCUCCAAAGAUUUGCAGUCUGCGGACAAUCAAAAGCGACGUUGUUGUUGGGCUAGGAGACGAUGGGGACGCCAUAGCAGAGCGGUUGGACAAGGAAGAGCCAGGUUGGAAGAUUAGCGGGAAAUACGCUGUCGUACUCCUGUCAGAAGGUCGACCAGGUGAGAAAGUGCGGUUUGCUUGAGCGAGGCGAAUUCCACUGGUAGAAAAGUGUCAUUAUCUCGGGUACCUGUUUCUCUUGUGUCCCAGCACCUCCUGGUCGCUUGCUAUAGCUGUUUGACUCGUUUAUUGCAGAGCACUAUCUGCAGAGUCUGGGUAGAGUACGUUCUCUGUAAUGUAUGCAUUCCCAAUAUCAUCUGUCGCUAUUUUUGUUACUAGAUACUUAUAUGUUGUCAAUUUCAUCGCUUCGAGAAGUAGGACAAGCAAUAUUACUGACAUUUUACC